GAACAACUUCAGCAGGAGUAUGCAGCCUCCGAAGCUCGUGUCGCAACUCUAUCGGCCCAGCGUAGCGAAGUGGAGAGCCAGGUGGAUGCUCUGCGUUCUUCAUCAGGAACUUUGGGUGUGGUGGAGGAGCAGGUCAACGCAUUGAAGCUGGCCCUCGAUGAUGCACAUUCCCGUAUCGACUUCGCCGAGCACUCCAGUGCUGAUGCCCUUCAACAAUUGGAACAGAAGUCACUGGAACUGCAUAUUUCGCAUUGGGGCAGUGAAUGGUCAGCAUGCUACCUUUACCAACGUCUCGGUAUGCAGCAGAGCGUGCCCAUGUUCUGCGUCUGUGAUGCUGACGGCGGCCUAGGAGAUGAGACCCAAGGCAAUGGAAAACCGGACUUUUUCCUCCUCUUUUCCUACCGUUUGUCGGCCAACGCGAACCAAACUUUACUCGGACACUUGUUCUUUCGUGAUAGGUUUGACGCUGCGAAGCUGCCCACGUUAGGAGCCCUGCAUAUUAAUCAUCUGGAUGUUAGUCUGAUCUUGACUACACAAGAAGCGGCAAUGAUAAACGUCUUAUCGCGUCCCCAAAAGAUUUUGCAUGAGGCCUUCCAAGACAAACAGGAGCACCUGGUGAUCAGCCUUGAAACCGAGAAGCGCAUCUGCAUGGAGCGCCUCAGGCGUGCCGAGAAACGUGUUGAGAGUCUGGAGAAGGAGUUGCAAAGCCGUCCCGCAAGCUCUCCCGCCAACGGCAAACCACGCAGCCCCGGCGGACAGGACACCUACGAUGGCCAGGUCAACUUCCUCAAUUCCAUCAUUGUUGAUCUGCAUGCGAAGAACGCCAAACUGGAAGAGCAGCUGCGCGAAGCUCUGAAUCCCCGUUCGGCUACUUCAAAAAAGUCGAGUUCGGCGGAGGCGUCAAAACCGACAGCUAAACUCCGUUUCUGGUGUGAUCACUGUGAGGUCUUCGACCUCCAUGACACCGAUGCUUGCCCCUCCCUCUCGGCGGGUCCCCGGCAAUCCAACCAACCACCGCGGCUUGCCAAGACCGUAGGGCCGUCAGUAAAUCGGGCCUACUGUGACAAUUGCGAAGUCUUUGAUAAACACAACACCGAGGACUGCCCUGAAGUGCAGGCUUACUAA